AUGCAAGAUUGUUGGCGUCUGAAGAUUGGUUGGGAUGAAUCUGCAUCACAGGAAUUAGCAGCCAAGUGGCUGUCCUUUGCCGAACAACUAACGCACAUGCCUGCAAUUGACAUCAAUCGUCGUCUUAUCAUCGAUCAGCCAAUUGGAGUCGAAAUCCACGGGUUUUGCGACGCUAGUAAACUAUGUUAUGGAGCUUGCAUCUAUAUCCGUUCUACCAACAGCUCGAAUCAAGUCUGGGUCGGCUUAGCUUGUUCGAAGUCACGUGUCGCACCACUCAAGGAAACUACGAUUCCCAAACUCGAACUCUGUGGGGCUCUCACACUCGCUAGAUUAUAUCACAACGUUCAAUCAACUCUUGGGGUUUCUAUAUCGCGCUUAGUUCUUUGGUCGGAUUCCACGAUCGCUCUCGCUUGGAUCAAAAAAUCUUCAGUCGUAUUAAAGGUAUUCGAAUCAAAUCGAGUCAAGGAAAUUCAGAAACUCACCGCAGACGUCGAAUGGUGGUACGUAGGAACUAAAACUAAUCCAGCUGACGCUCUAUCCCGCGGACAAUUUCCGCGAGAAUUUCAGACUAAUUCAAAUUGGUUUCAGGGUCCGUCUUGGUUAUCGCAGUCGUCUAAUUUUUGGCCUACUAAUCCUACUCUCGAAACUCAGGGUCCACUGGAAACUCUGGAACUUCAAUGUCUUGUCAUUCAAUCUGAACCAUCUGUCAUUUUUAAUCGAUUCUCAUCUUAUUCUAAACUUAUUAACGUCAUUUCACUUUGUCUUCCCUGGAGAUCUUCUAGCAUAUUCAAAACCAAUCGCGUGUCUGUCGCAGAACGUCAUCAGACAGAAACUCGAAUUUUACAUCUCAUUCAACAGGAACAGUUCGGCUCAGAAAUCAGCAACUUAGAAAAUUCUAAACCAGUCAAAAGUGCUAAAUUGGGGGCUUUCGAUCCAUACUUUGGUAAUAGCGGUUUACUUCAGGUCGGUAGUCAUCUAAAAAAUUUUGAUUUAACUCGUUCACAGAAACACCCUAUUCUCUUGCCAUCUCAUCAUUAUGUGACAGAUCUCAUCAUUCGGGACACCCAUCAGCGCAUGCAUCACGCCGGAAUUCUGAGUACUUUGUUUGCUAUUCGUCAGCGGUUCUGGCUUCUUGACGACAAGAAUCAGGUCCGUAAAAUCGUUCGUAAGUGUGUCGUUUGUAUCCGUCACCGUCCGGAGCCUAUACAAUACAAGAUGGCCGACUUACCAAGAUUUCAAGUCCAAGGUUCAUAUGCUUUCGAACACACCGGGUUAGAUUUUUGUGGUCCCUUUCUCAUCAAGGAAAAACGUUAUAAUCGUGAAACUCGUUCUUGUAAUACCACUCUCAUCAAGGCGUACGGUUGUAUCUUCAUUUGUAUGUCCACUCGAGCAGAACACAUCGAAAUCGUCAGUGAUCUAAGUACUGAUGCAUUUCUAGCUAGUUUUCGACGAUUUAUCGGUCGCAGAGGUAUUCCAUCACACGUCCAUUCGGACAACGGGUUAAAUUUCGUCGGUGCUAGUAAUCAACUUCAUGAACUCUACAGUCUUCUUCAAUCGAAAGAUCACCAGGAUCAGGUGCUUUUAUUUUCUAAUCCACGUAACAUCACUUGGCAUUUCAAUCCGCCUCUUUCACCUUACUUCGGUGGAGUGUGGGAGGUAGCCGUAAAAUCUUUUAAACACCAUUUUAAGUAA